AUGUCUGACGAGAACAACCAAUCAGGCUCCACCUACCAGCCGAAGUCGAAUAACUCGUAUUACGCGUCUUUUGGGGGAUAUAACAACUUCAUGCACUCGUACGGCCUCAAGCCCUGGGAUAUGGAUGAUGUCGAAGAAGGCAAGGCCAUCCUUGAGAUGUUCAAGGAGCAGGAUAGGCUUGAACACGAAGAGGCGCAGAAAAAUAGCGGAAAGAAAUAA